AUGACUGCCGAGGCACAGGCCGACAUCGACAAGCUCACGGCCAAGAAACGCGAGGCGCACGAGCGCAUGCAGCGGCUCAAGUACAGCGCCGAGGCGGGCGAGGAGCCGCCGCAAGUGGCGUCGCCCGAGCCUGCGGGCCGCACGCACGAGCGGCACCGGCACCGGCACGAGCGGCUGGCCAAGGUGCUCGUCGCGAUCAAGGCGGGGGUCGAGCAUCUCGCCGACCGUCUCGAUGGGGUCGACAUCGAGGAGGCGCGGCUGGCGCUCACAGAGGACAACAUGGUGGAGGUGCUCCACCAGUGCGAGAAGAAGCUGCGGCGGGUGAUUGACGCCAUUCGAGAGGAGGAGGAGGCGAUGGUGCGAGAGAUGGGUCAGUCCACUCUCAAGGCGCGGCCGGACAUGCCGUCGGAGCCGAUGGCCGCCAAUAAUUGCCGCAUUGGCGACGUGGAUGGCGAGGACGUCGAUUCGGAGGAGGAGUACGAGGAGGAUCUGGAAGAGGAGGUAUUUGACCGCGACGCUCUCAAAGAGCAGUCGCGAGGCAUGCUCGACAUGGCGAGCAAAAAGCGGACGAAGAAGAGGAGGGCCAACGGCAACUAG